UUGGAAUCAAACUAGUGUGCCAUGCCCAAGGUUUUCUACAGGAAAGGAGAAGCAACGAUCUGUUAAUAAAUGGGACUGCUUGUCGCUUAUGAGUGAUUCAUCGAUUUUUUUGGACUAUGGCCAUCGAGAUAAUUUAUUAUAUUAAUAUCAACUAGCGGCUUUGUUGAUUACAAUUUAAUUAGUGAGCUAGAUUGCUAGCAAACUGCGCCAAAUAUGAUGCGAGAUUCAAUCGAAUGCUGCUCUGCUAGCUAGUCGGCCAAAUCUGACUGGGGAAUGGUCAUUUCUCAGCUUGCCAACAUCACAGCUCUGACACAUCACAAAGCAGUUCGACUAGCGAGCCAUAAUAACGCUGGAACUACUGUUCUUGGGUUGGGAAGGAAAAUACGAAGAUUUGCGGAACAGCAGAGACUGUUCCAUUGAAAGACUGUCCAUAUGGAUGCGUCUCCUUCGUGUUCAUUUUACUGACAGUUGUGGAUUGGCUUUAGGGGCAAACAGCGGAGAGAAGGCAGCCAGUUGGCUAAAACAACUAGCUUGUUCUUGGAUGUCGCGACAGUGCGGUUAGCCCCGUUCUUGUUCAGGCCAGGGACCAGGGAUACGCAUACGAAGACUGAACCAGUCGAUGGGGCAGCUAUCACAAUCGAGACAGGCAAAAGGGAUCGUUAACCAGGCAGCUAUUUCCUAGGUAUUGAAACGUCAGAAAUCUAGCUUACUAAAACAAGGCUUGAAGAGCAUUGAGCCGGAGAGAGGCCCUCAACACACCCCCUUGCCUCGACACUGCCCCCUCUUUCCCGAUCUUCCCGUGAUUUGCUGAGAUCCGUCCACGGGCAAAGUCGGUCAGUUCUCGGUUGGGGGACAACUUGACAGCGAGGCCCCUAGCUCCCCUCCCCCCAUUCCCACCCAAGACCCCUCAGUCCACCUCCUUGCCAGUGACCACUGGAAGUGAGGAUCGGCUAGCUAACGUUAACCCACCAAAGCGAAGUUAGUGUCAUCCAGCUACAGUAGUCCCGUCUAACCAGCGGGCUGCCAAAAACCAGGAGGGAUGACUUUGGAGUCGAUGAUGGCUUGCUGCCUGAGCGAAGAGGCGAAGGAGUCGAAACGAAUCAAUGCGGAGAUUGACAAACAACUCCGGCGAGACAAGCGGGACUCGAGGAGAGAACUGAAAUUGCUACUUCUGGGUACAGGAGAGAGUGGUAAGAGUACGUUCAUCAAGCAGAUGAGAAUUAUCCAUGGGGCUGGCUACACAGAGGAAGACAAGCGCGGCUUCAUUCGACUGGUCUACCAGAACAUCUUCACCUCCAUGCAGUCUAUGAUCAAAGCCACAGAGAACCUCAAGAUCCCGUUCAAAUACGAACAGAACCGGUCUAAUGCAAUGUUGGUGAAGGAAGUGGACAUAGAGAAGAUCUGUGGCUUUGACCAGCCCUACAUCAAUGCCAUUAAGACCCUGUGGGCUGAUCCCGGGAUACAGGAAGCCUACGACAGACGCAGAGAAUACCAGCUCUCCGACUCCACUAAGUAUUACCUUACUGACAUAGACCGCGUCACGGCGGAGGGAUAUGUUCCCACUCAGCAGGAUGUGCUGCGUGUCCGGGUCCCCACUACGGGCAUCAUAGAGUAUCCGUUUGACCUGGAGAACUGCAUCUUCAGCUAUCUAACUGAUCUGGACCGUAUCUCAGACAGCAACUAUCUGCCCACCCAACAAGAUGUUCUGAGGGUGCGAAUCCCCACCACCGGAAUCAUAGAGUAUCCGUUCGACUUGUCAAGCAUCAUUUUCAGGAUGGUGGAUGUAGGGGGUCAGAGGUCAGAAAGGAGGAAGUGGAUCCACUGUUUUGAGAAUGUCACUUCCAUUAUGUUCCUGGUGGCCCUGAGCGAGUAUGACCAAGUCCUGGUGGAGUCUGACAACGAGAACCGAAUGGAGGAGAGUAAGGCCCUGUUCAGGACCAUCAUCACCUACCCCUGGUUCCAGAACUCCUCAGUCAUCCUGUUCCUCAACAAGAAGGACCUGCUGGAGGAGAAGAUCACAUACUCACACCUGGUUGACUACUUUCCUGAGUUUGAUGGUCCCCAGAGAGACGCCCAGGCGGCCAGAGAGUUCAUCCUGAAGAUGUUUGUGGACCUGAACCCGGACAGCGACAAGAUCAUCUACUCCCACUUCACCUGCGCUACGGACACGGAGAACAUCCGCUUUGUGUUCGCCGCCGUCAAAGACACCAUCCUGCAGCUUAACCUCAAAGAAUACAACCUGGUCUGAGAGACUUACACACAUACACACACACUCCUCCUUGUUGCACAGUUUAGCCUACACACACAGACACACACAGAAACACACAGACACACAGACAAAACACCCAUAGAUGCAUAUGAAGCUUUCACACGUUCAUCUAGUUUGUCCUCUUCUCCUGCUCUUCACUCCAGCGAUGUUAAGAACCCCCCCAUCCUUUCUAUCAGACCUCCUAUCUUUCUGCCACUAGCCCCUCCUCCCUCUAGUUCUCGGCAGCUCGUGUUAGCCUCUCCUUCUCUUUUCCUUCACGUUCUCGCACACGCGCAAACAAACACGCCGUGCAGCAUACAUUGACUACAGGAGGGGACAAUGAAAUGUGUGUUUGUGUGUGUGGAGUGUGUGUCUGCAUGUAUGUGUUACAUGGGAAGGCAGAGGACUGGUGCUGUCAGUGAACGGUGGGUUUUUAAUCCUUAAACCUUCCUAGUCAGCUGGCUUAGAAGCUCUAGUCUCCUCUUGAUUUGUGGAAACGAGUAAACCAACCAUAAUGCAAAAAAAAUACCACCUGAGAGGGGGAUAGUUUCUACUCUGAGGGGCUAAAGGCAGUAGGAGGGGCUAAAGGCAGUAGGAGGGGCUAAAGGCAGUAGGAGGGGCUAAAGGCAGUGGGAGGGGGCUGGAGAUGAUGUAGGGACAAAGGAAUCCACCAAACCCAAGCAGGAAGUAAUGUCAUGCACAGGAAGUGAGGGGGAGGGCCAAUUAUCCUGUCUCCACCUCGCAUCGAUGAAUGUAACCUUCGAGUGAGUGUCGCAAACGCAAAAAAUAUAGAACUAAAUAUAUGUUAUAAAGUAAUUAUGUAUGUAAACUGAAUACACUAAGACUAAAAGCACGAGAUGGAGAGAGAAACAAGCAAAACGAUGACAUUUGUGUAUAUCACUGAGCUUUUUUAAAAAUCUUUUUUUAAUAAUAGUAACUUGUUGCUAUGUCUACUUCUAUCCAAUAAUAAGUCAGUUGAAAAGUUAGACGGUUAAGAAAAUUAAAUCAUAAAAACGUAUUUAAAAAAAAAAAGAAAAAAGAGGAAAAAAAUUGGAAUGUCACAAAAACAAUAUGGUGAAAUGGAAUUUAAUUGAUAUCCUUAACAGACAUCUGUGGUUGUUCAUGUUUAUGUUUGAUCACAUCGCUUCCCUCAUUUACCGUUUCUACUGAUGAUAGACUGAAGCCUUCCGUUUGACAACCACAGCACUCCAUUCUGAUGGAGACAUGCUACUUUGAGAUUACUGAACAUCCCGUACUCACGAUUAUAUUCCCAUAGGACGGUUACUGAGGGGGGGGGGGGGUCCAUGUGUGGAUGAUGUCGUCAGCGUACGGUACGUCUGUGUGCAUGAACGAAUGGCGUCAUGCGUUUAAUCGGCCAGCCACCCAAUCAGAUGUGUUCUGGAGAUUGUGGGCAUUCCACCCCCAGGGAGAAUGACACCAUGGCAUCCAUUACACAGAUACACAGGAAGCUUUACAGUGUUUACCUUUUUUUUUUUUUUUUUUUUACUGUAUAGACACUUUUUUUGGUGACGAGAGGUUGUUGUUGAUAGGUGGGAGCAGGAGGUGUAUGUGAUCCUGUUUCGCCCGGAUGGACAGACAAGCGCACUCUGAAGUCUGCUUUUGUGUAUAUUUCUGUUUGUAAAUAUAUGUACACAGAAACGCUCCUGUACAAAAACACUCUGUGGUACAGUACACCAUCUUUGGCAACGGAGAAAAAAAAAAAAAAGAGAAAAUAAUCCACUUUUUUUUUUGAUAGUGUACUGUUUUUGUUUUCCUAUGAAUUUACUAUAUUAUUGAUACUGUGAUUCUGGAUUUGGUUGAUUGAUUAUUAGAGGACUACCCAGAGAGGGCUGCACCACGGGGAGAGGACCACUCUGCGUACACAGGUUGUUAACCAUCAGUUGCCAUCUAUUUCAAGAACCGUUGAACAUCCUAGAUCCGUAGCAGUCCUCUACAGCUCCUCCCUACUAACACUAGAUCAGAUUAGUUCUUCACAAUAAUAAAAAAAAAAAUACAUGAUUUGAAAAGAGUAACUAAAUAUUUUUCUUUUUUUUAUUUAUCUAAUAAUUUAUGGAACCAGGUUUGAAGGUGUUGAUAAUUUGAUUGCUUCUGUUUCUGUCAUGUUGAAAUGCGGUCAGGCUAGACUUGAGUCUAAACUGCUGUAACAAAACAAGUCUAUUAGUAUGGACUAAAUAUUUUUCUCUUAAGACAUUUCCUGAUGUACUUUGCCAUUCUAUCUAUAUCCAUGUUAAACUCUAUGGUUUUCCUCUCACAUCAAGUCACUUUGUUUCAUUCAAGGAUGAAAACCUGUAUUUCUCCUGUGGGUUUCUAGUAGGCACAGCGCUGUAACUGCAUAAAUAGGAAAUGUACCAUAUGAACCGUGAUGGAUUUUUAUAACCAGUGAUUGGAGACCGGUAUGGUCAAUGCUUGCUCUUUGUAAUUUAAACACUGUUUGAGUCGUCGUUGGUUUGAGUUGUUUUAGUUCCACUUCUGAGGCUUGCUUUGAUAGUGCCAGUGAUGUUGCAAAUCUACUUUUGCUCUUUUUGAAGCUAUAACCUUCUUUCUACACGCGACUUUCCCUUCAUUAUGGUCAUUAAGGGCUAUCACAACGCAUCAGAAUGGCAGGCAAAUGGUUCAGAGGACUAGUGUAGAACAGGGCUCAAUUCAUAAAGCGAGUUGAAAUGGUAGUGAAUGGAUUAGAAACGAGGAGCGGUGUAGAAUGGGGGCGGGGGGCGGUGCUUGACUACCUUCUGUCCUCAAGUGCUACAGUCCUGCUGGUUACCACUGUUGCCUUCUAACCAAUAACCUCUACCUUUGUAAUCGGCUGUUUGCAGUCUCCAGCUAAUCUGUAACGUUCGCCGAUCAAGUAAAUGCCAGAGAGAUGUGAAAACCAGCAGGAAUGUGGACCUCGGGGGGGCCUAGUCUGUGCACCGCUGGAUUUAGGAUCACGAAGGCCAUUCAUUUAUGGGUGUUUUGUGGCGAUCAUAUUUGUUCUUAGAAAGAAAAGGGAAAAAAAGAAAUUUAAGACUGCGUGACUGCAAUUGUAUUAGGGUGUACAGACAUGACCAACACUACCAGAAGAUUCCUUUUUACUUGUACUUGAUCAACAGUGGAUCACAUAAGCUUCCAGCUCUGAUUGAGGGAAUCUUUUCAGUCCCUGACGGUUCUUUGUUGUGUUAUGGUGAGAGCUGUAAUCCUGGGUCAGCUUAGACACCAGCAGCCCUCACCUUUGAUCUGUGUUGAAGGAAACGGCCCGACUAAUGUACUACUGCUAGUGCCAUCAUCCAGGGGCGUACUCUGUGAAAUGUGACACGCUGUCAUAAGACCACUCCUCCAGUAGAGAAUGGGUUUUAAACCUUGGGUUGAAUCCAAUUCAAGGCGGAGUUGCCAACACUACUAUGUCACACGUGCAGGCUUUUGUUCCAUCCCAACACCAGUCAACUGAUUGAUAAUUAAUCAUGGUUUCCAUACACAACUAGUUGAACCAAGGGCGUUAGUGUUGGACUGUAACUAAAGCCUGGACGCACUGCAGCCAGUAUUAGAGGACGUUAGCCAAGUAUGAUAUUAAGUAUUUAAUUCAGUAUUGACCUGCCCACAAACAAUGUAUUGAAGACAAAUCCCACACCAACCAGACUUGCCCUUGCGCUGCGUACUCCCUCCACCAUGCAAGUAUCCUUAACUAAAGUCUGAUUUGUUGAUCUAAUCAGUCGUAUUUAUAGAAAACACAAUCCGUUUUCCACUUGCUGUGGGUUAAUUGGUUGGCACUCUGAAGUGUCUGCACAUUGGGGCCCAGAGUUUUACCUGGUCAGAUGAACAUGGACGUGGUGCAUAUUGAGAACUUAAAGCUUGACUUCUUUUCUUUAAAUUGUUUUCAUUCUUUUUUGUAAGAAAACAUUACCGGAACACUAUUCUAUUUAGGACCACUAGAUUUUUCUUUUUUUUUUAUCUAAGAAAACCUGAGGGUUAAAUGUUUUAGUUGGUGUGUAAAAUGCUGUUUUUUUUGUUUUGUUUCUUUUGUAUGUAAACCAAAUGUAAAUGAUGUAUUAUACUGAGUGUGCCAACCCCACUCUCUCCAGAGCCAGGCUCUCUCUCUCUCUUAAGUGCCAACGCUGACAUCAUCAGGGGACAAAAAUCUUGGAUGGUCUCCUUUUUAAGAACACACCAGAGACUAAACAUAAGUGGCUUGUUCGACUACGCCACCCCUAACAAAAGCUAGAAGUAUACAUGAAAAAUGGACUUUAUUCUGUAUUUAAGAUUGACGAAGAUUAAAAUAAUAACCUGCUGUUUUUUUUUUUUUUAAGAAGUUGUAAUUAUACUUGCAUGUAUUGUUUAUUUUGUGCUGGGAGGACCUGGCAGAUGCAUAACCCUUGGUAAAAGGGUGGAAUCGUUUAUUGAUUCAUCAGAUGGUUAUUAUGGGAUUUUGAUUUGCAUUACUCUUGCCAUAUUUCUUAUUUCUUUUAUGUGUUCAUGUUUUUGUUUCAACCACUGUUGCCUGAUCCUCAUUCAAACAUGAACAUGAUUUAUUACGAUCAUAGCCGCCUUCUAAGAGAGAGAAAACAUAAUGACAAGGUAUCUGUUUUAAAUUGAAAUAAAUGUGUUCCUAUACUUGCU